UACCUCAAUUUUUGUCAUUCUGUCUCACGCCUUCAGUUUUGGCAUGGUUCAUGUUAUUUCCUACCCACAAGGUGUUUUAUUUUUCACUGUUUUAAUCUGAUCUGGUAGCAAACAUGACCCAAAUCCUACUCUUGGCUUUUUUGUGGAUUUUGAUCAUCACCCAGAUUGGGUUUGUUUGCAGUGACGUUGAACUCAUUGAGCGCUUUGAAGGAGAGUCGGUGGUCUUCCAAUGUGCCUUUGACUUGAAAAAGCCGCGACCCAUUGGAGUCUCCCUGAACCGCACCAAACCCAAACACAGUCGAGUCCUCUUCAAGAUGACUGAGAUGGACUUCGCUGUGGAUAAUCAAGCAGACGCGCACCGCGUACGUGUCAGCGGGGACCCUAAAGAUUCCUUGGUCAAUAUCACCCUCUCUCAGCUGACGUCCAGUGACACGAGCCUUUACAUCUGCGAGUUUGAUGUGGGGAAUCAGUUCUCUGCUGAUGAAAAGGUUCUAGGAGAGAUGGAAUUCUUGCUUGUUGUUGGCAAAAAUGAGCCGUUCCCUUUGGAGGUGGAGAUGGUGCAGACGCAUGUCGGAGGAUCAGCUGUGCUUCCCUGUUUCCCCCCAAAUGCAGAGGGAUUAGCAGUGGACGGGGUGACCUUAAAGAGGCAAAAGGGUAGGGGUCCUGUAGAGGUGGUGUACCAGUCUAAGACGUCCAUCCCCACUGAGAAAGUCCAGCUUGUCUCUGACGGCGUCGCCUUCAAUGUGAGCCUGCAGCAGCUGCAGGUCCAGGACAGCGCUCUGUACAGCUGCCAGCUGCUGCUGCGCGACAAGCCCGACAGCGGCCACCGUUUAGGGAGGCGUGCGUACUUUGUUUCUGUGCAAGCAGGUGGAGAAUGCGGCUGCCUCCAGUACAGCAUCCUGCUGUACGCCAUGUCGGCGGCUGUGGCCCUGCUCCUGCUUCACAUCAUCGUCGUGGCAGUUUGUAAAAGCAAAGCAAAGCACAGCGGCAAGUCACACCCUCAAGUCCCCAUCUACGAGGAGAUGGUUGGUGUGAAUUCUCCAAGUCAAAAAACAUUUCAAAGCCACCUGGAAGAAAUGGGUGGUGGUGAGUACAGAAACUGCUCAAUGAAGAAAACCAUCCCAGAGAACCACUACGAAAGCCCCAAAGGGAUUCUGAUCCCCCAAAACGAGCGUCUGAAAUGAAGCAUUUGACCUUUCCGGGACCAUCAGGACCGCCAGCCUCCUCUGUGACGAGUGUCUGAGAAGACUUUUCCUUCUUUCCUCUCAUACAGCUUUCUCUUAACUGACUGAAACUGUACAUUUUAAGCCUUUUUUUUAAACGUGUAAAAAAAAAUGUAUCUACUAUCACAGUGAAGAAAUAUAGUGUGUUUGUAUUACACAGACCUACACUUUGAUAUGAAGGUUAGAAGUUUUUUCUUGUUUUUUUGUCAAAAACUCUGUUCGUCUCACAGUCAGAAAUGCUUGUGGCAAUGAUCAUCUCUUGCAACGAAGAGAGACUUUUUCUUAUUACCUCAUCUUUGCGGCAAAACCCAGCUACCAGGCAGGAUCAUGUAUUUUGGGGAACUUAUAUUUAACUGCAUUAACGUGAAUAAAAUGCUUGAAAACGGAA